AUGACAGGAGAAAGUGACGAGUCUCUCCUGCAGCGCCCGCUCAGAGGCCGUUUGCUGCGGGUGGAUCCUGGUGGGAUCCUGCUCGACGCAGGCAGCUCAGGGCAGGGACGUGCUUGUCAGGGCAUUGUGACUACAGAGAGGUCAUCAUGUGUGAAACGUGCAGCGUUUUCUUCUAGAAACUUCGAGAACAUCCUGACGUGGGAAACUGAAGCAGAUAUUCCCCCUGGCACUGUAUUUGACGUCCAAUAUAAACAGUAUGGAGAAAAAUCCUGGCUCAACAAGCGUGAGUGCCAGAGCAUCACGCAACCCUUCUGCAACCUCACGCGCGAAACAGAAAACUUCACGGAGCAUUACUACGCCAGGGUGAGGGCCUCCGGCCAGAACUACUGCUCCUCCAGCUGGGUGCGCUCCGAGAGAUUUGAACCCAGAAAAGAGACUGUUAUUGGAGCACCACUAGUGGAGUAUAUUCCUUACGUACGGUCCAUAAAGUUUCUCAUACGGCCCCCCUACACUCCGCUGAGAGGCGAGGACGACCGCCAGCUCACCGUCGAGGACAUUUAUAGCAAAUUUGGUGCUGUUGAUUAUCACUUGACAAUAUUCAACCAAAGGACACACCAAAAGUGGAUAAAGAACGAGCACAACAAAGAAUUUGAAGUUUCCAACUUGGACCCAGACACUGAAUACAACGGAACAGUAUACAUAGCUCUCCUCCAGAGAAGCAGCAAAUCUCAAGUAUUUUGGGUUAAAACACUAGCAGACACCACGUGGCUUCUCUACUGCUUCGCGGCACUCGCGUUCAGUGCCGGGCUGGUGUUGGCUGCAAUAAGUUACGCGAUCUACAAAUACCUGAAGCGACACGGUGCACAGCCCAAGUCUUUGGACUUCCGAGGGAUUUCAUCAUUCCAGCCUCUCACGCUGACGGUGGAGCACAUCAUAAAGCCCAUCAGUUUAUCCAUCCCUUCGCUCCUCAUCCCUGAAACGCAGCUACCACGGAUCAGCCCCUAUGUGGACAGAGCACUGGAGCCACCGUGGCCUUCCCGUCCGGCAGAAACGGGCUACCAGCAACAGAUGGACGUAGCCACAUCGCGGCUGGCCGCUCAGCCCCCGCGCUCAGCGGGCGCAGCCCCCCCCGGGUCAGCGGCCGAGCAAAGCGCUCCAGCCGCCAUGGCCGGCAAAAUCCUGCCCCUAACCUACGGGGUGUGCGUCGAAGGCACGGACCAUGUUGACGAGAAGAAUUUGCAGCUGAUCCAAACGCUAAAGGAAGUUUCUCCAGAUGUUUUUGGUGGUGGAAAGGUCAUAGCCCAGCUGCUUGGCAAGAGCUGCAGCCACUGGGAUUACAAAGAGCAGAGGCCAAGCUGGGCGCUGUGGAACCGCAGCGGCACACACGAACCAGUUGUGUUACAGGGGAGCCCUGGGCAAACACAGCAAGCGCUGCUGCAGCCUGGCGGGAUGGAAAGGGAGGUGUACACAGCCCAGCUGUCACUGCCUUUGCUGGGACAGGGAGGGGGCUACAGGCGACAGGCAGCGGAACAGCCGCUGUUACCGGCCUCAGUGAAAGCUGACCUGGACUACGUUGCAGAGGACGAAUUGCUGUCAUCCCCACCAGCAACCCUCCUCUUCUCAGCCAGCGCUGGCAACUUCCCCAGAGAGAACGGCCCAGAGUGUGGCACUCCUCUCGCUACGCUGUUCAAAGAUUUGAACUUAAAAGUACUGUGGGAUGAAAACACAGAAUUUUGUUAG